GCGAGAUAAAAUGAUAAUAAAUUAAUCUAAUGAAUCUGCUCUGUCGAUCUGUCUCAAAAGAGCAGACGGGAUUACCCGAAGCUUCUACGGAAGUUACCGAUUUCCGACGACCGAUGCAAACACAAAUCUUGAUGAGUCUAAAGAAGACAUUGGAUGUGAAACUAAUCGAACAAAUAUAGCCGCUAUUUUGACGGAUUUGAAACGCGUGUUCUUCUAAUCGACGUGUGAACAUAAAUGAUAAUCUUCUCCGAAUCGAUGUCUUGAGCAAUUUACAUUUAAGAUUGAGAUCUAUCCUCGGCGACUGGCCAAACGUUAACAGUUCUUGCCUGGCGACUGUGGGUCACGAAUCUUCGCUUCUCUUUGUUUUUUCAUAUGGUUCCUUAUAAUGGCUCAGUUAAAAAGACAUGUAAAUGUAAUGCCUCACUAUAUGAUGAACCAUAACAUGAACGGAAAUCCUGAUCGGCUGGAGCAAAGAGAAAAAGCGAAAAUUUCCCGUGUGGAGCCAGCAGACAUGCGGGAGAUCAACAAGAGUCAGCAUAGUCCGUUAUUUCCACCUCCGAGAAAAGUUAAUGAUUCCUGUGAUGAAAUUACCAAAACCAUAAAGAAAUCACUUGGUGAAUACAGCAAUUUUGUUCAAAUUAUGAAGCAAGAAGUAAGUCGCGAGAAGGCUCCCGGUCAGACGUGUAUUGGAGUCAUGCCAGUUCCUUCCACACCUACCGAUAACAAGACUCAUCCAUUCCCGCUGGCUGCUGCUAACAGCAAGAGCAAGGGUAAUAUAAAAGAGAAAUCGUUUACCCCACUAAACCAGGAACGUUGUAAAACAAAGGCGGUUGAAAAAACCCACGAUCCAUCAAAAUGUGACGAAAAACCAAAGUUGGAUCCAAAACAUCGGCCGAACUUUACCGACGCGAACCGACCCAAGCAUUUAAAACUUGGGGAGAAACUACACGUUAAAAGAGAGAACGGCCAUUGCAAUGAUGCCGAAAAAACGAGUUUUUCAUUUAGUCUUAAUAAACACCAACAAUCUAGCGAAAAAGAGGAUGUUGCAGCAAGCGAUAAAAUCAGCUGCCUGAAUGGGAUAAAAAGCGAGCCGCUUAAUGGCGUUGUAUGCAAAAACGAGACGUACGACACUUCGAGCGAGGAGCCUGUGAUAAAAGUUGAGAAAUGUACCCCUCCCCAGAAGAUCAAACCUACACCGUUACCUUUGCUUAACAGGAAGCCGGAUUCUUCAUCCAUGUUACACGAGAGUCCUCAACGACGUGAUGAAAAAGUUCAAACUAUUUUCAAGGAGAUGACUGAACCGGUGAACAUGCCUUUAACGGAGAUCUGUACACCUCUACCCAGAAAGGAUUUGAAAUUUCCUUUCCCUACUGAAAAGGAGAGUAAUCAGAACGCCGAAGAAGUUUCUAAUUCCUUGAAAACGGAUUUGGAUACUUCGGACGAAGACGACAGUGACGAUGAGCGUACUUUAUUAACAAGGUCGGGAUCGUCGUCUUCAUCUAGCAGCAGCAGUAGUGGAGAAUCUAGUGACUCGGAACUUGAUGAGGAUGUUGGUGAAAAAAAACCAACAUCAGAAAUCCCAGCGAAGCCAAGUAUGCUCAACUCUCCACCGGAAAAAACUGUAUCCCCACCAGUACGCCCAUUAUUAAACGAAACCAAGCAACGUUCUCCCGAAGGAAAGAAUGAUUUACAGUUGAAAACAUCGUCCGAAUCUUUUUCCAAUGACAGUGAAGAUAAGUCUAGAACUUCGGGCUUAGGUAGCAUAUCGAAUGUUCGCGAUACGAAAGCUGCCACAUUAGAAGAGAAGUCGCCGAGAAAGGACGUUAAAAUUCGUUCGGAAAAAUUGAACGGGUCAGCGAAUGAAACUGUAGCAACGAUUAAGUCACAUCAUGAAUCUUCUCCGUCAAGUAAUUCCAAGACUGUUGUUAGGAUCAAAGUGGAAAAGGAAAGCGACGAUCGUUUUAAGGUAAAGUCCGACGUAAAAGGUAAACAUCCGACAAGAAAGAAAUCUGAAAGCGAAAACUCAAAACCAAACCAUGAAAUCAAAUCUAAUAUGGAGAAAACGCAUUCAAGCGAGUUAAACUCGACCUCUUCUACGAAGCUAGACACAAACGUGCACAAACUUGUUAAUGGCUUUGCAAAAGUCAGAACAAAGGAUGAAAAGGCGAUAAGAGAUAAGAAAUUGAACUCUUGUGCGAAAAAAUUAAAACGAACUCACGAUUCAAGUCAAAGUUUGAAGGAAAAAUCCGAUGAUCAAAAAGCAAAAGAUAAAAUCGAAACUUCAAAAAGUGAACACAUUUCAAACAAUAAGCUUAAUUCACCAAAAAAUUUGAACAAGCCGAUGAAGAAAAAGAGGCUUAAAAAGGCGUCUGAGCGGACUGACAGUUUGGGUUUCGAUUGCUGCGACAUUGGUGAGGAAGACAGUGUCAUUGAUGUUGUUGGCGAUAGUCCGGUUACCAAGAAGAAACGUACAAAUGAUCCAAGUAAACAUAACAGAACGAACGGUAUUCAUAAAAACGGACUUCUCAAUGUACCUGUAGGAAUUCAGUUACUUCAUGACAAAGAGAAAGAUCCCUCGUCGUUGAUCGUCAAGAUUCCUUUGAGCUUCAUCAAGAGGAUACCAAAUAAGUUUGACAAGAAUUUAUCGAUACAAAACAACCACUCAGAAGCUUAUUUAAACGGUGAAAACAAUUGUUCGGGGAAGAAGAACGGAGAUAAUGGCGAUAUGGAAGUCAAUCAUUACGAAGAAAACGAAAAGCGUGGCGUCGUUGAUAAGGAACGAACCGUAAAUUUAAAGAAACGAAUGCAUCACGAUGGUCAGCGUGAAAAAGUCGAACAGAAGAAACGAAAAACUACGGCAGAGUUAAAUGCAGACUGUGAAGCAGAUAUAAGGAAAGAUGAUCCAGAUUCGCAUCUUUUGCGAGCAAAAACGCUGAAACGUGAAGCGGAUAACUUGACCGAUAAAGAAGCCAAAAGUCGAACUUACGUCGAAGCCAUUGUGUCUUUCAUUUGUUGUGGAAGAGCGUUGGAGGACAAAGAAGAUGGGGACGUUCGCGCUGGUCAAAUGUACUCGGAAACGACAGAGCUCUUAAAAUUUAUUUUAAAACAUAUCCUUGGAAAGACCGAAGACAAACGUCUGCUAUUUUUAUGCAUGAAAAUACAAUCUCUUCUGCUGCACAAAUUGUACCGAAUGAAAGGAAAGCAUUGCAUUCGAAAUACACAGAUUUUAUCCGAACAUUUUAAGACAACGCAGAAAAGCAGUAUCACAUCGCCGUACACUAACAGCCACAAACACGGCAGCACUCCAUCACCUAUGUCACCGACACCAUCGCCAGCUGGCAGUGUGGGUAGCAUAGGCAGUAAUGGUAGCAAUAGUGGUGGUGAGAGCAAUCAUACGGGACGUCACCACACGUCGUCUGUGACGUCACCAGUCUCAGUCUCCAUACCACAGCGCAUACACGGUGUCAUGGCGCAACACGUGUCCACUACUAGUAAACUGGUUUACAGUAUAGACUUGUGGGAUCGAGCGACUAAUAUGUCAAACGAUUAUCAAGAUUUCUUCGCGAAAAUCGAUGAUGUUUGUGGAAGCUUGACUUUUCACAGCUCGAUUGCACAUGUUGUAAAUUAUGCAAAGAACAGUUUAUCUAUUUUCCACGAAGACCAGAAAGGAACGUAACAAUUUCUUCCCGUCAAUAUGAUUGCCAUGCUCUACACGUGCACAACGCAUGAUAAGUAUAUGUUAAGGAUGUUGUGUGAAAGAUUAUAGUAUUUUUAUGUCGUUUGCUUCAAUAUCGCAUGCAAGUGUGUUGCAUGUACAUAUACGGUUUGCCUAUCGAAGCUGCAAAGCCAUUACUGGCAAAUAGGCCGAUGUAUUUAAUGUUGAAAAUAUGCACUUGGAAAUCGGCAAGAAUGUUCCUUGGUGCAGGUUUCAAGUUGCUCCGCUAAACGAAAACAUGAACAAUUUUAUCUGUGGGAGCAAAACAAUUUGAUUUAAACGCAAAAUUUCUAAACUGCUUGCUUUUGAUAUGUUUCUCCCUCUGACGUAUGUCUACACACGAUCGUCAGCAAGUUUUGUACAAAACCCCGAUAAAAUGCUCGACUUUUUAUUAGAAGUGAGGAAAGGACUUCAGAAAAAUUUUUACUAACGGAGUAGUUUCCGUAUUUGAUUGGCCGACUUGUUGCAAAUUUUCAACAAUUUGCUGACUAUGAUUAAGCCAGGCAGAAAAGCAUAAAAAAUAGCUUUUUAUUUGCAUACAUGAAUUGAAACAUCAUAUGCGUUUGUAGAAAACAUCACAGGAAGUGAAAAUUCAACCGAUCCGAACAUUUGCAAUUGCUCGGUCUUACAACAUUUCGGGUCGGCUGUCUUUACACUUUGUGUGAAAAUAAACAAUAAUGAAUCAUAAAGGGUUCAGGCGCAAAGAAUUAUUAAAUUAAUUAAUGAAUAUUAUAAAGUAUAUUAGUAUUGUCAAAGGCGCGUUUGGUGUAUUAAUUAUAUAUAUUUUGCCCUUUGUAAGGGCGUUACUUUGUGUAGCAUUCAAUAAAAGGUAAAGUUGUCCCUCAA